AGAUGAAUCGGGAGAAGUUGAUGAAGAUGGCUAACACUGUCCGCACUGGCGGAAAGGGUACAGUUAGAAGAAAGAAGAAGGCUGUGCACAAGACCAAUACAACUGAUGACAAGAAGCUCCAAAGCACUCUCAAGAGAAUCGGUGUUAAUUCAAUCCCAGCUAUUGAAGAAGUUAACAUCUUUAAGGAUGAUGUUGUUAUUCAAUUCACCAACCCCAAGGUUCAAGCUUCAGUUGCUGCAAACACAUGGGUUGUUAGCGGCUCUCCUCAGACCAAAAAAUUGGAAGAUAUUCUUCCUCAGAUUUUCAGUCAACUCGGACCAGACAACAUGGAAAAUCUGAAGAAGUUAGCAGAGCAGCUCAAGAAGCAACCUCCUCCUGGUUCAGCAACCGUUCAAGAGGAUGACGACGAUGAUGUCCCAGAUCUUGUAGCUGGUGAGACAUUCGAAGCUGCUGCUGCUGCUGAAGAGAAAGUAGCUGCUGCUGCUUCUUCUUAGAGAGAAAAGAGCGAGAUCACAACAACAAAAGAAUUUGAUGCACUCUAUUACACAUCUUUUUGUUUGUUUGCUCCGUUGUUGUAGUGUUUAAAGUUUUUUUGACCAGAUAUUUUUGUCCUCAAGAUAAUUAUUUAAAGUUUUUAUCCAAUUGUUUGAUGUUCUAAAGCCC